AUGGCCGCUGCCAACAGCUGGUCUCCCUUUAAUGAUGAGGUGCAGUUCAAGACGGCUGAUUUUCUUUUCCGCAAAGUGGAGAUGUCCCAGCCGGAUAUCGACUACUUGAUGGAACUCUGGGGUUUAUCCUUGAUGAAGCACGGUGAUCUUGGGCCAUUUGAUAGCUAUGACCAUAUGUAUGCUGUCAUUGACGAUGUCGCGGAGGGCAGCGCACCGUGGAAAUGCUUUGUCAGUCAGGGGGAGGCAGAUCUCCCUCCUAAUGCUCCUAACUGGCAGAGCGAGGAAUAUCAUAUCUAG